CCAGUCCCAAUUUUUCUCUUCUCUCAGCCGGCUGACAACACGCUCAUCGCCGCCAACGUCGCCGCCGACAUCCCCCACAGCUGCCCCAGUGCCGGGUGAAUUUUCGCCCAGAAAAGCCUAGACCAAAAGCGUCUAAUCGUCCUUGUUCUCCCCGCUCGCCCGCCUGCCCGAACCUCACGACCCCAGCCCGACCCUCACGACCUCACUCUUCACGACUGGCCCGCCGCCGAGACGCUGCGCUAGACAUGGCGGACACCACCACGGAGAUAGAUCUCGACUCGGUCAUCGACCGACUGCUCGAAGUCCGAGGCAACCGUCCAGGAAAGCCCGUGCAGCUCCAGGAGUACGAGAUCAAGUAUCUGUGCACCAAGGCGCGUGAGAUCUUCAUCAACCAGCCCAUCCUGCUCGAGCUCGAGGCUCCCAUCAAGAUAUGCGGCGACAUCCACGGCCAGUAUUACGACCUACUGCGCCUGUUCGAGUACGGGGGCUUCCCGCCAGAAGCGAACUACCUCUUCUUGGGCGAUUACGUGGACCGUGGCAAGCAGUCGCUCGAGACGAUCUGCCUGCUCCUGGCGUACAAGAUCAAGUACCCGGAGAACUUCUUCGUGUUGCGGGGGAACCACGAGUGCGCGAGCAUCAACCGGAUUUACGGGUUCUACGAUGAAUGCAAGCGUCGCUACAACAUCAAGCUGUGGAAGACGUUCACCGACUGCUUUAACUGCUUGCCCAUUGCCGCCAUCAUCGAUGAGAAGAUAUUCACCAUGCACGGUGGCCUCUCGCCUGAUUUACAGUCGAUGGAGCAAAUACGGAGAGUAAUGCGCCCCACGGAUGUUCCUGACACCGGUUUGUUGUGUGACCUGCUUUGGUCCGAUCCCGACAAAGACAUCACCGGGUGGUCAGAGAACGACCGGGGAGUGUCAUUCACCUUCGGUCCAGACGUCGUGUCGAGAUUCCUGCAGAAACACGACAUGGAUCUGAUUUGCCGAGCGCAUCAGGUCGUCGAGGACGGGUACGAGUUCUUCGCAAAGCGACACCUUGUCACCCUCUUCUCUGCACCAAACUACUGUGGCGAGUUCGACAACGCCGGCGCGAUGAUGAGCGUCGACGAGACGUUGCUUUGCUCCUUCCAGAUUCUCAAGCCGGCUGAGAAGAAGGCAAAGUAUCCCUACGGUGGUGUAAAUAUGGGUCGGCCGGUAACACCUCCUCGCAAACAGAAGAAGAAGGACGCGAACAAGAUGGGCUGAGGGCUGCACCGUCAGUACUUAUACUCUGUCUCGUGUUGUCGUCAUGUCACAGACGCUCCUUGCCUCCCCCUCCCCUGCCCUCUACCCCCUCCCCUGGUUGGCUGUCGUGGCGCCUGGCUUUUGUUGUGGAUAUACAUGGACACGUGUUAUCAGAUAUGUUCGGCGCGUCGGACGGCCGGUGCGACGGGCGCGGAACCCGCGAGGGAACGUCAAGACGUCGAAUGUGCGGGUAGGUGGUGCAGCCGUCGUGCAGAGGGGAGGAAGAGAUCGCCAAGCAGUCGAUGUUGGAGAGGGAGCAAUGCAGAUAUGUAGACGCCAUCGCGGACACGGGAAUGCCGUGGCAAGCUGGGUGGAGAAAAGGAGCAGCAAGGGCUUCGAUGGGGCGAUCAACGGGAGGAGCUGCUGUAAAACCAUCAUCGACAACACCAAGACGGAGACGACGACGACGAUGCGCGCGAGACGCACGCAAUGCCGGACAUUAUCGCUGCAUACUUUUCUUCUGUCACGUUCGGUUUAUACGAAGGGGUUCUGUUCUUGUCUUUGCACGCCCAUGGAUCCCCAGCUAGUCCAGUUCGUUCGCUCCUUGCUUCACGCCUCCACGCUCGUUCUCGCUUACUUCGUCUCGAGUUUCCCGCAUCCGCACGUAUCCCAUCUGCACGUACCCGUACAAUCUCGUCGUCGAAGUGGCAUGACCCAAUCACUAUCUAUCUCAUCCCCAACGGUGUUCUUCUCGCUUUCGCCUGUUUUACUAGCCCGUCGUGCCGCCUUCGCCUCCUCUUGCACUUGUCCUAUCUAUCACAUUCCUUCUCCUACGGCAUACCCUUCGUGUGGUGCCACGUAUAACCAUUCCCAUUAUACAACUCCUUUCGUCCGUUCCUUACGGCUUUCCUCUGUCUCAACAACUCUUCCGACGCUCUUCCUUACUCAGCUACGGUUUAACAUAUCCGUCUCUCAUACUGUGUGUACACUCAAGCUGCUGCCCCCCAAUUCCCUGUUUCUCCCUAUCUCUUUCUCUCUUGUCGUGUUCUCGUGUCCGCCCGCUCUGCUCUGACGAUGCGUCGAUGUGAGAAUAGGCUUAGGCUACGUAAUACAACUCUAGUCUCC